AUGAAGGUUCUCGAUGCCGGUGACCACCCCUUCUCGAACGCCGACGUCCUUGAUUGGAUCCAACGCAAGCGUGCCCAACACACCCGUGAAGACGCCGAAGACAAAGCAUCAGCCGCCGCACAACCAUCCAGCAACAAAAAAGACAAGCACGACAAGCACGACAAGACUAACCCUCGGCCAAAGAAUUUCAUGCGCAUGCUUGAACGUACCGAGCGCGAACUCACCUCCAACCGCUACCCCUACGCUGCAAACCCCUCAUCCUACACCGGCGACGCCCGCCGCGAUGUCUUCCAGGCGUUUGCGUUGGAGCUGGAGAAUACGAUGCAGGACAGUCUUGAGAGCGAGUGGAGCGAGAAAUUGAAAGAUAUGACGCCUGAGCAGAUUGAGAAGCUAUAUGAGCCGCAGCAGGAGAGGAAGUGUCUGACCGCGACAGAGCUGUUGAUGUUAUACAACCAUGCGCCUACAUGUGUGGAGAUGCUGCAGCCUAUGAUAGAGAGUGUGGAGGAGAGAUUCUCUGCGGAGGAACAGGCGACCAUGGUGGAGAUUGUGGUGAAGCAUUUGAGAAAGGACGAAGGAUUGUGA